CUUUCACUUCAUUUUAGAUCUCUGAACAAAGUGGACGGACGCAUCCUUCAACCUCCUACAUUACAAAACUAAAAUACAAAAGAACUGAACAAACAUGAAGACCAUUUUGUGUCUUGCAUCUCUGAUGGCUGUCUACUGUGCAGUGGACUCCAAAUACUCUCCACCCAAGGUUCAGGUGUACAGCAGCAGUCCAGGAGAGUUUGGGCAGGACAACACCCUGAUCUGCCAUGUUAGUGGCUUCCACCCACCUGACAUCAACAUCCAGCUGAUGAAGAAUGGAGAGGAAAUAUCUGGUGCCAAGCAGACUGACCUGGCCUUCAAACAGGACUGGCACUUCCAUCUGACCAAGAGUGUGUCCUUCAAACCCAUGAGUGGAGAGAAGUACAGCUGCCAGGUCACUCAUGGGUCGAACCUCAUGAAACACUAUGCCUGGGAGCCAAACAUGUAAUUUUCAGCGGAGCCCAAACUUGUGAUGGCCUCAGCUACAGCAGCACUUACUCUUCACACCUUUAAUCAACAAAAUGACAGGCUCUACAGGAGAUUCUCACUUUUCUUUUAACAGAAACAACUAGCAAUAUCACAUUUAGGAGGAUGUACAUUUUCAUUUCAUUUGAGAAAAUACUUGGGCUGCAGGGUGUUUAGCUGUUUUUAAUAUAGCCGUGUGUUGCUUAGAUUACUUGCCUAUAAAGUUAUUUUAAUGACUUAAACUGUUUUUUCUAACUACAUGAUAUUUGAUUAGAUAAAUAUAUGUAUGGGGUGUUUUUAUUGAUGAGGUGGAAGCAUGUUUUAAAAUGUUGACUUGUAUUUGAAUGUAUAAUUGACUUCUACAAAAUAAAUACCUCUUAAUAAUU